UUCGAGGUUAAAAGCCGCAUUGAGUUCAACCUUGGCCUCGUCCCCAACUACGAAGCGAGCUCGGUCUUAGAAUAAUUCAAAACUCAUAAUACAACGAAGCAUAUAACGGGAAGACUUGAACGAGAAUAAUAUGCCUAUCCAACCCUCCGCGGCCAAUGGCCAACCCCCAGUGCCUAUUUCGAUCACAAUAUGCGGCGACGGCGGCUGCGGUAAAUCCUCCAUCACGCUACGUCUCGUGCGCUCACAAUGGACGUCCGAAUACGACCCCACGAUCGAGGACAGCUACAGCAUUACACGGCGCAUCGACGGGACAACAUACCACCUCGGGCUUACGGAUACCGCCGGCCAGGAGGAGUAUCGGGGGAUGUGGGCGUCGUCGAACCUCGGCGCCGACGCCUUCCUGCUCGUCUACGACAUCACUUCCGCCGAUAGUCUCGACGCAUUGGGAUACUUCAACGAACUGAUCGACAUGGAGGCGGAGACACGGCUCGACAACGCAGCGCGUGCGCGCCGCGCCGGACUAGGCAUUAGUGCUACGAGCGGAAGCGCAUACGAUCGCGGCGGCGGUGGGCGCAUGGUUCCGCCAGUCAAGAUCGUCGCUGGCAACAAGUGUGACCUACAGGAGUCCCGGCAGGUAUCAGCUGCGCAAGGGCUGGAAUGGGCGCGACGGCGCGGCUGCGGCUUCAUGGAGACGAGCGCCCGCCUAGAGGUCAACAUCGAAGAGACAUUCGCGCUCAUCGUGCGCCGCGUCGUCGAGGCCCGUCGGCGCGCCGAGAUGGGCGUCGUUACCGAAGAGCCUGUCACAGACCGUCGUGGCGUCACCAAGCCGCUGACACCCCUCCCCUCCGAGCGGGACGAUGGCCCCGAUGAGAAAAGGGGGGUCGGUGUCCGCGGGCCGAGAUUCGACGGGUCUUUUGGAAGGAAGGGCGGCGAUAGCUUCUGGAAGAGCUUAAGGUGUUGGUAGAAUUCCAAGAAGCCUACCUAGGGAAACGGAGAAUCGCAGGUGCGAAAACGGGGUUUUGGUAUUUCGCUGUACUCUGUUGAUACGUGGUUGGUCUUUCAGCAAAUUAUAUCCUGGGGUGUUAUGUACAUUGGCGUUCAGGUGGGGAUGAUCUAAGGAAGUGUAGUAGCGUGGGGGCUUUGUCUUUAUGCUUGUUAUUUCUGGUCUUGUUCAUGUCUUGAUAUCUUAGCGUUGGAAGAAGCGACAUUUCUUGCUUUCGAACUUUUCCUUUUCUUUUUUUUUCAUCAUCAUAUUCAUGAAGUUUACGGACUUAUACUAUCAUCGCGAUAUUUGAAAGAAUGGCAUGAAGUUGAUCAUGUGCUCGAGGAAUUUCU